AACAACAAGAGUGACUAAGAAACUACGACAUGCUUACAAAGAGAAAGGGGGGGGGGUGAAUGAAUGAGCUAAUGUGUCAUGACUCAUGUGGAUGUGAUGAGUAAUGAGUGGCGCGUGUCUUUAUAACGCAAUUAAGUCGCGUGGCAUGUUAAACAUGAAACAUGCAAUUCUGAAAAAGUUUCUAUCUCUCUAAACAAACAACUCUCAUCACUUUCCUCUCUUCUGUCUCUCUUUUUCUUCUUCUCUUUCAUCUCAAAUGUGGAAUUUUUCCUUCUACUUAUUUUUAUAAUUUUUAACUCUAUUUUUACCUACACAAAAUUGGUGAAUUUGGGGAAGUUUGAUUUGUGAAAUGAACAAAGGACAGUCACCAGAGCCACUUGAUUUCUUCAUCUGGACUGUUGAGGAUGUUGGCAUGUGGUUGGAGACAAUAAAUCUUGGUAGCUAUCGGCAAAUUUUUAAGGAAAACGGUGUUAAUGGAGAAUACUUGGAAGGGAUGUCUAUGUUCACUACUGAACAAAUCCUUCGUUUCAUUAGACGUUGUCACAUGAAGUGGGGAGACUUCAUCACAUUGUGCAAGGAAUUGAGACGGAUUAAAGUGGCUUGUUUGAAAGGGGAGCAAAAGGUGCGACGGCCUUGGUGGGCACCAGCAUGCCUAUCUACUGUGUUCUUAAAGGUUGCAAAAUCCAACAGACAAUCAAGAGUUGUUUCCUUGAAGCUGGAACCAUGAUGACGACGACGAUACUAAACAACGUCUGCAUGUGUUUAAAACAUAGUAAUCUCUCUUAAAUCUUUAUUUAGAAAACAGAAUAUAGGAAAGAACUAUUUUUAGCCUUUUCUUCUCUCUUUUUUUCAAUUCCAAAGUGUGGUUGUUUAUUCUCCUCUGGAGAAAUCUUAUGUAGGUCAUUGUGCACUAAAAUCUGGUGCUGUGUAAUUAUGUAUCUCCUAUAUGAACAUAAAUACAAUAUAUGUUGUUUUCUUCAAGUUCAAUUUA